AUAAAGUUAAAAGCGAGACUGUGGCGAACUGCCAACGACUAUCUAUAGAAUUUCAACAAUAUGUCGUGCAUACGCGUAGCUUGCGUAAAGUUUUCCUAUCAAUCAAAGGCAUUUAUUAUCAAGUGGAAAUUAAGGGUCAAGUAAUAACUUGGUUAGUGCCAUAUCAAUUCAGCCAACGGGUUCCCGACGACGUUGAUUUUCGUGUUAUGCUUACAUUCCUGGAGUUCUACCAGACCCUCAUUGGAUUUGUGAACUUUAAAUUAUACACAGAUGCCAAUCUUUCUUAUCCCCCAAAGCUUGAUAUAUUAAAGGAUGAAGGUUCGGGUGGACUAAACGUUCUUGCCAUUGAGCCUAAGAACGUUCACCUAUCCCUGAAUUCACUUAAUGUUGAGUACGAAAAGAAAUCUGAAUCGAUGACUAGUGAAGAAAAGGUACAAAAAUUGAAAUCCGAAGAACGUUUAAAGACAUUAUCCCAAAAGUUAGACACGAUGGAAGACAAAGAAUCCACAGAUCACUUGGACGAUACUGAAACUGAUGUAAAUGAAAAUUUGAUGGAUGAGUUCAUUGAGCAAACGUCUGAACAGUCUACUUCCCAAGGUCAAACGCUCAUUUAUCAAGACAUUCAUCCUGCUUCAACUGUCCUUUUGGAAUUUCAGCAACUUUUUUCAAAAUGCAUUUUUUAUCUAUCUCGUGAGGUUCCAAAAUAUUCGCUGGAAUUUGUUAUUCGUGCAUUUGGUGGUCAAGUUGGCUGGGAUGAUACUGUUGGCAUGGGUUCACCCUUCAAAGAACAUGACGAACGGAUUACCCAUUACAUAACGGACCGACAAAUGACCAGGGAGCCAAUUUCGACCCGUAUUUAUGUUCAGCCACAAUGGGUGUAUGAUUGUAUUAAUGCUAGAAAAUUAUUAAGAACAAAACCAUAUCAACCUGACAAAGCCUUACCGGCACAUCUUUCACCAUUUGUCGAAUACAAAGAAGGUGAUUAUUUACCCGGAAAUAUUGACGACUUCGAAGGAACCAUGGAAGAGAUGGAAGUGUCAGAUUCACAAAAAAAUGUUAAGAGUGAUACAAAAGAGGAAAGUGACAGUGAAAUGGAGGAAUCUGAAACAAAUUCUUCUGAUGAGGUUACUAAUCAUGCGGAAAAUAAUGAGUCUGAAGUUGAGGAAAUGAUUCAUCAGAUGGAACUUGAAGCUGAAACAGUUGGUAUACCAUUUUCUAAAUAUCAAAAAAAUCGAGAGCGAAUAGAAAAACAAAAUAAGAAUACCGUAGAAGAACAUGAAGUUGCCAUAACUGGAAGAAAGCGAAGUGCUAAGGAAAUUGAAGAGGAGGAGACGAAGGAGUUGGCGAAGAUUAUGAUGCCCAAGAAACAGAAAAAACUCUAUAAAAAGAUGCAAUAUGGAAAGAAAAAGCAGGAAGAAAAAAUGUUAAAUUUAAAACGGAAGAAGGAAAUUUUAGAGAAAAAGAAAAGAAAAGAUAAUGAUGCUAAGGAAAGAAGAAAGGAAAAGCCAUGA